AUGGUUGGCACAGCCGUCCACUUUGGCGGUGGCAACAUCGGCCGUGGUUUCAUCGCGGAGCUGCUCCAUGAGACUGGUUAUGAAGUCAUCUUCGUCGAUGUCGUCGACGACCUCAUCAACCGAAUCAACGCCUCCAAAUCGUACAAGAUCACCGAGGUUGGUGAAGAGGGGGAGAAGAGCAAGGUCAUCACAAACUACCGUGCGAUCAACUCAAAGUACAACAUGGACGAGGUUGUGCAGUGCAUCGCUGACGCCGAUAUUGUCACCUGUGCUGUCGGCCCCAACGUCCUCAAGUUCAUUGCCAAGCCGAUUGCUGAUGGCAUCGCGGCACGCACAAAGUCCAAGCCUCUUGCCGUCAUUGCCUGCGAGAACAUGAUCAACGCUACCGAUGCCCUCAAGGCCCUCAUCACCGACGAGAAGAACAUGAAGCCCGAGGUGCUCAAGGAGCUUGACUCCAAGGCCGAAUUUGGCAAUUCUGCUAUUGACAGAAUCGUCCCAACCCAGCCUCCGCAUGCCAACCUCGAUGUUGUCAUCGAGAGCUUCUUUGAGUGGUGUGUUGAGACCACCGGCUUCAAGUCGGGCCAUCCAAACGUCAAGGGCAUCCACUGGGUCGAUGACCUCGAGCCAUAUAUCGAGCGUAAGCUGUUCACCGUGAACACCAGCCACGCUACUGCCGCCUAUUUCGCCUACAACAAGGGUAUCAAGACCAUCCAUGAAGCCAUGGCAGAUCCCGAGAUCCGGCAAGAAGUCCAUGAGGCCCUCGAAGAGACUGCGCACCUCAUCAGCGGCAAACAUGGCAUUACCCCAGAGGAGCAACAGCAGUACGUCGAUACCAUCAUCUCUCGCAUCUCCAACCCGCACCUUGAGGAUGUCCCUGUCCGUGUCGGUCGUGCACCGCUCCGAAAGCUUGGUCGCAAAGAGCGCUUCAUUGGUCCCGCUGCUCAGUUGGCCGAACGUGGCUACGAUGUGACUGCUCUGGUCCGUGGUGUGGAGAUGGCGCUUCGAUUCCAGAAUGUGGAAGGUGACGAAGAGAGCAAGGAAUUGGCACAAAUCAUGAGCACCUUGGGUCCCGAGGAAGCAACCACCAAGCUCACUGGUCUUGAGCCAAGCCACCCCCUUUACCCCAAGAUCCUGGAGAAGGUCAAGAUCGUCCAGAACGAGAAGAAGUAA